UUUUUCGUUUGUUUCCCCCCCCCCCCUUCAAAGAAGUGUUGACUCUCCGGUUCGUUGUACUUCUAAUUAUUAUUUUAUUUAAAUCUACGACCUAAUUGUAUUCUUUAAAAAUGUAUCAAAUAUAUAUUUUAUGGUAACUGUCCUUCAAAAUAUAUGUAUAUGUGCGGAAUUGAAGACGCUUCAGCUAAGCGAGGGGAACCGGCGCGUUGGAUGUUUAAUUCAGCACCGGCAUUGCGUGACGGUUGUUUGAAUAACAAGUGGUUUGUUUUUAAAACCACACCUUUUAAAAUUUAGGUUCAAAGGAUCAUAGUAGAAGUCGUUGAUAAUAAUUGAAAGGAAAACCAGCAGAAAUCGAAGCCACCAUGUCUGGAGAAGUGCGCUUGAGGCAGUUGGAGCAGUUUAUUUUGGAUGGGCCGGCUCAGACCAAUGGGCAGUGCUUCAGUGUGGAAACGCUGCUGGAUAUACUCAUCUGCCUCUACGACGAAUGCAAUAACUCUCCGCUGAGAAGAGAGAAGAACAUUCUUGAAUACCUAGAAUGGGCUAAACCAUUUACUUCUAAAGUGAAACAGAUGCGAUUACAUAGAGAAGACUUUGAGAUACUAAAGGUGAUUGGUCGAGGAGCUUUUGGAGAGGUUGCUGUAGUGAAACUAAAAAAUGCAGAUAAGGUAUUUGCCAUGAAAAUACUGAAUAAAUGGGAAAUGCUGAAAAGAGCAGAGACAGCAUGUUUUCGUGAAGAAAGGGAUGUGUUAGUGAAUGGAGACAAUAAAUGGAUUACAACUUUGCAUUAUGCUUUCCAGGAUGACAAUAACUUAUAUCUGGUUAUGGAUUAUUAUGUUGGUGGGGAUUUGCUUACUUUGCUCAGCAAAUUUGAAGAUAGAUUGCCUGAAGAUAUGGCUCGAUUUUACUUGGCUGAGAUGGUGAUAGCAAUUGAUUCAGUUCAUCAGCUGCAUUAUGUACACAGAGACAUCAAACCUGACAAUAUAUUGAUGGAUAUGAAUGGACAUAUUCGGUUAGCAGAUUUUGGUUCUUGUCUGAAACUGAUGGAAGAUGGAACAGUCCAGUCCUCAGUGGCUGUUGGAACUCCAGAUUAUAUCUCUCCUGAAAUCCUUCAAGCCAUGGAAGAUGGAAAAGGCAGAUACGGACCUGAGUGUGACUGGUGGUCUUUGGGGGUCUGUAUGUAUGAAAUGCUUUACGGAGAAACACCAUUUUAUGCAGAAUCUCUGGUGGAGACCUAUGGAAAAAUCAUGAAUCACAAAGAGAGGUUUCAGUUUCCAGCUCAAGUGACAGAUGUGUCUGAAAAUGCUAAGGACCUUAUUCGAAGGCUCAUUUGUAGCAGAGAACAUCGACUUGGUCAAAAUGGAAUAGAAGACUUUAAGAAACACCCAUUUUUCAGUGGAAUUGAUUGGGAUAAUAUUCGAAACUGUGAAGCACCUUAUAUUCCAGAAGUUAGUAGCCCAACAGAUACAUCAAAUUUUGAUGUGGAUGAUGAUUGUUUAAAGAAUUCUGAAACAAUGCCCCCACCAACACAUACUGCAUUUUCUGGCCACCAUCUGCCUUUCGUUGGUUUUACCUAUACUAGUAGCUGUGUUCUUUCUGAUCGGAGCUGUUUAAGAGUUACAGCAGCUCCCACGUCACUGGAUCUUGAUGUUAAUGUUCAGAGGACUCUAGAUAACAACUUAGCAACUGAAGCUUAUGAAAGAAGAAUUAAACGCCUUGAACAGGAGAAGCUUGAACUUAGUAGAAAGCUUCAAGAGUCCACACAGACUGUCCAAGCUCUGCAGUAUUCAACUGUUGAUGGUCCACUAACAGCAAGCAAAGAUUUAGAAAUAAAAAAUUUAAAAGAAGAAAUUGAAAAACUAAGGAAACAAGUAAGAGAAUCGAGUCACUUGGAGCAACAACUUGAAGAAGCUAAUUCAGUGAGGCGAGAACUAGAUGAUGCUUUUAGACAAAUCAAGGCUUAUGAAAAACAAAUCAGAACGUUACAACAAGAAAGAGAAGAAUUAAAUAAGGAACUAGUCCAGGCUAGUGAGCGAUUAAAAAACCAAUCCAAAGAGCUGAAAGACGCACACUGUCAGAGGAAACUGGCCAUGCAGGAAUUCAUGGAGAUCAAUGAGCGGCUAACAGAAUUGCACACCCAAAAACAGAAACUUGCUCGCCAUGUCCGAGAUAAGGAAGAAGAGGUGGACCUGGUGAUGCAAAAAGUUGAAAGCUUAAGGCAAGAACUGCGCAGAACAGAAAGAGCCAAAAAAGAGCUGGAAGUUCAUACAGAAGCUGUAGCUGCUGAAGCAUCUAAAGACAGGAAACUGCGUGAACAGAGUGAACACUAUUCUAAGCAACUGGAAAAUGAAUUGGAGGGACUGAAGCAAAAACAAAUUAGUUACUCACCAGGAGUAUAUAGCAUAGAACAUCAGCAAGAGAUAAGUAAACUAAAGACAGAUUUGGAGAAGAAAAGUAUCUUUUAUGAAGAGGAAUUAUCCAAAAGAGAAGGCAUACAUGCAAAUGAAAUUAAAAAUUUGAAGAAAGAACUACAUGACUCAGAAGGCCAGCAACUUGCUCUGAACAAAGAAAUUAUGAUUUUGAAAGACAAACUGGAGAAAAACAGGAGAGAAAGUCAAAGUGAAAGGGAAGAAUUUGAAAAUGAGUUCAAACAACAGUAUGAACGAGAAAAGGUGUUGCUAACUGAAGAAAAUAAAAAGCUGACAAGUGAACUUGAUAAGCUUACCACUCUGUACGAGAACUUGAGUGUGCGCAACCAGCAGUUAGAAGAAGAAAUAAAAGAUCUAGCAGACAAGAAAGAAUCAGUUGCACAUUGGGAAGCCCAAAUCACAGAAAUAAUCCAGUGGGUCAGCGAUGAAAAGGAUGCACGAGGAUAUCUUCAGGCCUUAGCUUCUAAAAUGACUGAAGAGUUAGAAGCAUUGAGAAAUUCCAGCUUGGGUACACGAGCAACAGAUAUGCCCUGGAAAAUGCGUCGAUUUGCAAAACUGGAUAUGUCAGCUAGACUGGAGUUACAGUCAGCUCUAGAUGCAGAAAUAAGAGCCAAACAGGCCAUCCAAGAAGAGCUGAAUAAAGUUAAAGCAUCUAACAUCAUAACAGAAUGUAAACUAAAAGAUUCAGAGAAGAAGAACUUGGAACUACUAUCAGAAAUCGAGCAACUGAUAAAGGACACCGAAGAGCUUAGAUCUGAAAAGGGUAUAGAGCACCAAGACUCACAGCAUUCUUUCUUGGCAUUUUUGAAUACGCCUACCGAUGCUCUGGAUCAAUUUGAAGAUUCCUUUUCUUCUUCCUCAUCUUCACUGAUUGAUUUUUUGGAUGACCGCUCUCCAUCCUGUACUCCAGCUAGCAAAGGCAGACGUACUGAUCCCGUUGAGAACACACAUGUACGGAAUCCGAACGUCAAGUUUUACAUCCAGUCAAGGUCCACAUCUCCUUCCACAUCUAGUGAAGCUGAGCCAGUUAAGACUGUAGACAGUACUCCACUUCCAGUUCACACACCAACCUUAAGGAAAAAGGCAUGCCCUGGUUCAGCUGGCUUUCCUCCUAAGCGCAAGACUCAUCAGUUUUUUGUCAAAUCUUUUACUACUCCUACCAAAUGUCAUCAGUGUACCUCUUUGAUGGUGGGUUUGAUAAGACAGGGCUGUUCCUGUGAAGUGUGUGGCUUCUCAUGUCAUAUAACUUGCGUAAACAAAGCUCCCACUGCGUGCCCAGUUCCUCCUGAACAGACAAAAGGUCCCCUGGGUAUAGAUCCUCAAAAAGGAAUAGGAACAGCAUAUGAAGGUCAUGUCAGGAUCCCUAAACCAGCUGGAGUGAAGAAAGGAUGGCAAAGAGCAUUGGCUGUAGUUUGUGACUUCAAACUUUUUCUGUACGAUGUUGCUGAAGGAAAAGCAUCCCAGCCCAGUGUUGUAGUCAGUCAGGUGAUUGACAUGAGGGAUGAAGAAUUUUCUGUGAGUUCAGUCUUGGCUUCUGAUGUUAUUCAUGCAAGUCGAAAAGAUAUACCUUGUAUAUUUAGAGUCACAACUUCCCAGCUCUCAGCCCCGAAUAACAAAUGUUCAAUCCUGAUGCUGGCAGAUAGUGAGAAUGAGAAGAGCAAGUGGGUGGGAGUGCUGAGUGAAUUGCAGAAGAUUUUGAAGAAAAACAAAUUCAGAGACCGCUCAGUCUAUGUUCCCAAAGAGGCUUAUGACAGCACAUUACCCCUCAUUAAAACUACCCAGGCCGCUGCAAUCAUAGAUCAUGAAAGGAUAGCUUUGGGAAAUGAAGAAGGCUUAUUUGUUGUGCAUGUCACCAAAGAUGAAAUUAUUAGAGUUGGUGACAAUAAGAAGAUUCAUCAGAUUGAGCUCAUUCCAAAUGAUCAGCUUGUUGCUGUGAUCUCAGGACGAAAUCGUCAUGUGCGACUUUUUCCUAUGUCAGCUUUGGACGGACGAGAAACUGAUUUUUACAAGCUGGCAGAAACUAAAGGGUGUCAAACCAUAACUUCUGGGAAAGUGCGUCAUGGAGCCCUUACCUGCCUGUGUGUAGCUAUGAAAAGGCAGGUCCUCUGUUACGAACUUUUUCAGAGCAAGACCCGUCACAGAAAAUUUAAGGAAAUUCAAGUCCCAUAUAAUGUCCAGUGGAUGGCAAUCUUCAGCGAACACCUCUGUGUGGGGUUCCAGUCGGGUUUUCAAAGAUACCCCUUGAAUGGAGAAGGAACUUCGUACAGUAUGCUCCAUUCAAACGACCACACACUGUCAUUUAUUGCCCAUCAACCAAUGGAUGCCAUCUGCGCAGUUGAGAUCUCCAGCAAAGAAUACCUGCUGUGUUUUAACAGCAUUGGGAUAUAUACCGACUGCCAGGGCCGAAGAUCUAGACAACAGGAAUUGAUGUGGCCAGCAAACCCUUCCUCUUGUUGUUACAAUGCACCCUAUCUCUCCGUGUAUAGUGAAAAUGCGGUUGACAUCUUUGAUGUGAACUCCAUGGAAUGGAUUCAGACUCUCCCACUCAAAAAGGUUCGACCCUUAAACAGUGAAGGAUCAUUAAAUCUUUUAGGCUUGGAGACAAUUAGAUUAAUAUAUUUCAAAAAUAAGAUGGCAGAAGGGGAUGAACUGGUAGUUCCUGAAACCACAGAUAAUAGUCGGAAACAAAUGGUUAGAAAUAUUAACAACAAGCGGCGUUACUCCUUCCGAGUCCCAGAAGAGGAAAGGAUGCAACAGAGGAGAGAGAUGCUACGAGAUCCUGAAAUGAGAAAUAAAUUGAUUUCUAACCCAACUAAUUUUAACCACAUAGCACACAUGGGUCCAGGUGAUGGAAUACAGAUCCUAAAAGACCUACCCAUGCCAGGCUUCCCUUACCCAUCCCCUCAUCAUCACUCCAGUCUGAUCUCCUCUCCGAUCAACUUUGAGCACAUCUAUCACAUGACUGUCAAUUCUGCUGAAAAAUUUCUUUCUCCUGAUUCCGUAAACCCUGAACAUUCCCCGUCUCUGCGCUCUGUCCCCGGUACACCCAGCUUUAUGACUCUGAGGAACCCUCGGCCUCAGGAAAGUCGGACAGUGUUCAGUGGCUCAGUCAGUAUUCCAUCGAUCACCAAAUCCCGCCCUGAACCUGGUCGCUCCAUGAGCGCCAGCAGCGGCCUAUCCGCAAGGUCAUCGGCACAGAAUGGCAGUGCAUUAAAGAGAGAGCUCUCUGGAGGAAGCUACAGUGCAAAGCGGCAACCCCUGCCCUCCCCAUCAGAGGGCUCACUGUCCUCUGGAGGCAUGGACCAAGGAAGCGAUGCCCCGGUCAGGGACUUUGAUGGAGAGGACUCUGAUUCUCCGAGGCAUUCCACAGCUUCCAACAGUUCCAACCUGAGCAGCCCUCCCAGCCCAGUGUCACCACGGAAGACCAAGAGCCUCUCUCUAGAGAGCACUGACCGCGGGACCUGGGACCCAUGAACUGCUUCGGCCCUCAGGCCAGACCAGAGCUGCUGCUCUCUCUCUUAGCUCUCCUCCCCCUUCUCUCACUUCCCUCUCUUCCCUCCACGUCUGCCUGAACACGUAGGCCUGGCGGCAGCAGGAUGGGGACCCAGGGAUUCUGACGACAUGACUCCCAGACCCUCGCCCCUCCAUUGGCUGCAACAACCAUAAAGGCAGAUGUUCAUGGAACAGCCUAGAUUAAUAUGAUUUCAUUUCAUACACUUAGAUUGCUUUCCAUAAUAUUUUACCCCUCCCCCAAAACGGUAGCUUAAGUAGACAGAUGACACAAAUGUAAGCGCUAAGAGUAAGAUUAGACAGACAAUUUCACAGUAGAGUUCAGUGUAGUCCCGAGAUAGCACAUGGUUCCCCAGUGGGUCCUGGAGCCGCAGCCAAGCUCUCCUCCAGCACCCAGUGAAUGUCGACCUGAUCGUUGCCAGUAAAUCCUUAUUAACUAAAACAAUGCAUAUUUUACUACAAUACAGAGUUUAAAUAAAUACACAAAUGUAGAGGGUAAAUACUGAAUGUAUAUAGUAAAAAGAAGCAUCUUGUAUUCAAUGGAAGAUGGAUGCAUAUAUAAGAGAGAGAUCAUUUAAUUUAAAGAAGUGUGUUGUUUCUUGUCUGUUCUCCAGCUAAGUAAUUUAAAGGGUGUAGAAAGCCUCAGGCUGACGUUACAGAGGGAGAGCGAGAGGGUUCCCUUUAGUGCCGCGUCCUCAGACUGGUACAGGUCCCGGUCCCCUGGGGGCUUUAGGAGAACAGUCACUUUGGUUUCAUGGUUUGGGGUAUGACCCGGGCACCAGACGAAACAUUUGAAGCCUCUUCAGCAGCAGCAGCAUCAAAAGCCAACUUUUCUUCUAUCCAAGACGUUUCCUUUUCUGCUAGAAUUUGAGCCACACGUCUCAUUUUUGAUACCGUGGUACCUUUGCAGAUGAAUGUAGAAAUGCAGUUUUGUCGCCUUCUGACUCCAUCUGACACAGGAAUGCCCUGGCUUCUGAAGGGCUGUCAGAGGCUCAGAGAAGUUUUUUUUUUGCUGAGCUGACCCCAUCCCUCCAGAGUUACAGUGCGGUGUCUCCCCUGGCUGAGCCAGCUUCCUAGGAGGGGCCUGUUUUUAGUGUGGUGCCAGCUUCCUCAGAUAAGCCUGGGAAAGGGGUUUAAUUACCAAAUAAUAUAAAAACCUCAGAUGCAAGGACUUGAACAGCCUUAACCAAAUAUUCUUUCCCAUGCCCAGUGGGAAAUGAACGCUCACCCAGUGGGCAGGCAGGAAGUGCGCCCAGGAGGGCAGCGAGCCUCCUCCACAAGCUUUUCCUCCCUCAUUUGCUACAGUGUGUUGUUAGCCACAUUUCCAUUUGAUUCCUGCUGCUUUAAUUACCACAAGGAAAUGAGAUGCAGAACCAGAAGAACUUUAUUUUCCAGCCAUUUCACCAAUUAAGCACAUGAGUGGAGAAAGGUAGAAAUAAACAUCCCUCAUGGAAGCAGAGAGAAAUCUCUUUUUCUGCUUAUCUUAAACUUGAGAAGAAACAGGAUUCUUUUCUUCUCUUCUGUGAACCUUAGCUAAAGUGGAAGCAUUUUCCUGCAGCUGCUGGUCUGAACUUCAGGGUUGGAGCCCUGUCUGCCACCCUGGGUUCACGCCCUCUUAGCAGCAGCCGCGCCUGCCUUCCCACCAGGGCCACAGGGAGCUGAGACUAUUUCCAAGUUGAUGCUCCUCUUUAGAGAAGGUCACUGAGGUUCAGUGACAGAAGAGAGGAUCCUGUUUGGGGAUUAGAUUGCAAAAGGUUACAGUAGAGAAGUUAAAAAUGACGCUAAGCUUUGACAUUGGACAUUCUGGACUGGGUACUUGCUCAGGUUUGACUGUUUCACUUCGGAUGGGCAUAGUUCUAAUCUCCUACAUCUUUCUGCUUUUGGAAAAGAAGUGUCAUGUAAAAAUACUGUGUACCUCUGUUAUCAAGGGUUGGACCUUCAGUUUGGUUAUUGCCAUAUGACUCUGGCAGCUCCUUAAACUUGGCAUUUCCCAGGAGAGGAGCAGCCAGCCAGCCAGUGGCUAAGUGCCUGUGGCCAGCAACCCCCCUCCUCCUGACCCUCCCUUUCCCCUUCAUUCCUUCACCUACCCUCACCCCCUCCUCUUCCCAGGGACUCGACUCUAAGCCAUUAGUUUAUCUCUUUGAUGACUAAGUGAAUUUUUGUUGUCUGUAGGUGCUUACUUUUUAAAGGAUGUUUUUAGGAUGAAAAUAUAACCCUACCUGAAGUCUGGACUCCACCACAGUGAGUCAUACCCUUUGGCCUCCCAACAGGGGAGGAGAGAGCUUGUUCGGGCUGCUGGGCUCACAGGGCAGCAUGUUAAUGUUAACCCAGGAGAUAACACGGCACUUUUUGGUUUUUCCAUAGCAGUUGUAAGUGGUCUUAUCAGUCGUAAUAGAGCAGUCCCAAAUGUGAUUAGAUUCUGACAGCAGGACUUGGGGAGAAACUCUGCCAGGGGUGAUAGUUCUGAGGAGUUCCCAAGAUAAUGACCAUCCGCCUGGUCUUAUCCCCAAUGUGAAGCAGGUACCUGCAGAAGCUUUGAGAGGAACGGUUUGAUGGGGCAGGAGAGCCAGGGAAACGGAAAGCAGUGAUCAGUAACAGAUCACGGUAAGGUGUUCCAUGGUGUCUGGGGUCACCCCUUGUUUUUGUGGAGGACAUUUUAAAAACAUAUAUGGCAGCAGGAACUCAGUUCUCUUCUCAGUAGAAAGGAAAAAUAAAUGAAGCGUUUCUGGCAUAGUCUCCGUGUUGGUAUUUGGUGCUAUCUAUGUCCAGCCAAUGUUGUUAUCUACCCUUGAACUCUGACUAAUCUUGUCAUGUGCUUUGGGUGUAUGAAAUUAUAUAUAUACAUAUAUAUUUCUUUUUGCCAAAAACAGAAGCCUUCUUAUCAAAUGAUUACUAAAGUCGAUUUCACUUCUUUAAUUAUGUGUGUGUACACACACACACACACCCCUACAGUUAGUGAUUUUUGUUCUUCCCCAGGGAGCACAGUUUUAAGGCUGAGAUACAGUUAAAAAGGGUCCAGCUCUAGUUUUCCAAGCAGUCCUUGUACCCAACCUUCAGGGAAGAAUCUGAAAUUUCUAUUAUGUUUACAGCAACAAUCUGUCAUUCCUUGGCUGGCUCUCGGCCUUUCUCUGCCUUCCAUAUGGUUAGAGUCAUGUCAUUUUGUUACCUAGCGGCCACAUCUACUUCUGUGCAAGACCAGUUGCAUUUACAUGGACUCUCAGGUAUCGUUAGAGAAAAGCCAGAGCAGGGAUAGGUGGACAUCCUUAACCCUCACGUACAGCAGGGCCCUUUGCUGGCCUUUGACAGUGACCACACACUGUGGUCUCAGCGGGUGGGGCCUCGGACAGCUCCCCACCCACCUUCUGGAUAGAGCGGCACUCUCAGCAGAGGUCAGACUCGGCGAACUCUGCUGGGCACAGUGGAAGAUAACGGGCACAUCGCUGCCCCCUCCCCGGCCCAGCCCCUGCAUUCGAUGAGCCUCAGGACACUUCCUUGAGCCUCUCGCUAAACCUCUUUCCUUGUUACGACUUUAUUACUCUAGUCCAGAGCGUUCUGCGAGUCCUUCCUUCACUGAGCUCCACCUCCCAGCCCAGCAGCCGCCAGCAGGCCGGGCUUCUCGUCCUUCCCAGGCACAGCCAUUGCACACAGGAGACCUUUUCAUUUUGGGGGGGAAACUGACAAAACCAAUCAGCCCUGGAUUUCAUGAAAACAAAUGAUCUGCCUUUUUAUUUGAUAGUGUAAUAACAGUUGUUUUAUAAAAAUUUUUAGGUUUUUUUUUCUCAUUGUAAUAUUAUUGUACAGGUUUGCAUGGCCUAGGUGUAAUCAUUUUUUUGUUUAGAGUAUAAAGCUGACAAAUAUGUGUGUGGAAGGGGAAAAUACAUUGCUCUGGCCUUUUAUCACUCCUCAUUUCAUUUAGUUUGGUUUUAUGUCCUCAAUGUCUUAGGGAACUUUAUAAGAGAUUCUCUGCUACCAAACAACGGCUUGGAUUCAAUUUGCACAGAAAUAUUUAAGGUGGAAUAGUAAAAAAAUGUAACAAAAGACUCCUAGCCAAUAUUUUAUGUUGGUAUCACUUAAUAUUAACCAGACUUUGAUGUAUUGCAAUAAAACAGGGAACUGUUAGAACUGA